UCCUCACAGCCUUUGAGCGAAUGGAAUCGGAUCAGGAGUGCACGUUUCUUGCAAGCGGAAAGUAGCGGCCGCAGAGCGCGCUCUGAUUGUUGCAGCCCGGCGCCGGCGGGGUGGAACUGGACUGGAGCCUGGAGGCGGCGUCGGCAGGACGGACUCGCGAGCCCCGCAGCCCUGGCCUCCGCCCUCCUUUCCCCCUGUUCUUUUUGCAGCAUCUGUCCAGCUAACGAGAAGCAUCGCGGGGCCAGCACACUUCGUGGGUUUCUCACAUCCACCGGUUCGCUGCCGCCCUCCUCCACCUCCUUCCCUGCCUCGUUGCUGUGGGUUUCUGGUUGCAUCGGGAACAAAGGAAAGCCUCCCCCCUCGCCCUCCCUCCUUCUUUCCUUCCUUCCUCCCCCCCUUCCUCUGGACUACCGACGGGCGUUGCAGCAGCAGUGGGCGCCCCGACCUUCCCUUCCCUUCCCAGCAUGAAGGAGAUGCCUUGGCUGUUGCUGUUGCUGCUGCCGUCGAGGCCUCGCGGACAGGGAAGGCUGCUGCUGCUGCUCCUGGCUGGCCACAUCGCCCUGGCUCAACACUGGCGGAAUGAAAAUUAUGAGCGGCCCAUUGACCUGGAAGGCUCUGGAGACGAUGACUCCUUUGAGGAUGAAGAAAUUGGUGAAGUUGAGGAACUCUACUCAGGCUCUGGCUCAGGUUAUUUUGAGCAGGACUCCAGGAUCAAAACGGUUGUGCGGCUCACCACUGACACACCCCUCAUCCUUGCUACAACUGCAGCUGUGCUGCCCGUCACAUCAGUCCAGCCAGUAGCCACUCCCUUUGCGCCAUUCCCUGCAGAGGAAACCACCUCCAAUCCAGCAACAAGUGGUCUCUACAUCCCCAGAGUGACUGAGGCACCAGCAGUCACCAUCCAGAAAGUAGUUGACACCACUGCCAGCACCGCAAUCCAUGAUGUCACUACUGCUACUGCUACUGCUACUGCUACCACCGCUGCCACCACCACCGCCUCCACUACGAUGCCCACGUCCAAGCCAACGACUGUCCUGAGAGUCCUGCCUCCCUUUAUCACCAUCGUAGCCACGACACAGACGAUCACACUUGAAACGCCAACCACAGCCACCGAAGUAGCCAGGACAGAACUGAGCACAGCUCCCUUAGCAACCACCGGCAUGACACAGUCCAGAGCUGUGCCAAAGCCAAGCACUUCGCGGGAGCCAGACCUCGGCGAGAGGAGCACCACAUUGCCCCUACCCACGAGUACCACAGCUCCUGCAGAAUCAGCCCAGGUGGAGCCUCUGGAUGUGACCCCUUCCACGGCAAUGAAUAACGAACUGGAAGUUCCUGUCAGUGGGGACUUUGAAAUCCACGAGGAGGAGGAGGCAGCGGCUCCAACAGAGCUCAGCAAUGAGGUGGUUGCCGUGGUUACUCUGGCAGACGGGCCGGUGCUGAAGAAGAAUGCUGAGCCUGGGCUCCUCGAUAAUACGAUAGAAUCCGGAAAUUCGGCUGCACAGCUCCCCCAGAAGAAUAUCCUGGAAAGGAAAGAAGUCCUCAUAGCUGUGAUUGUGGGCGGGGUCGUCGGUGCUCUCUUUGCUGCCUUCCUGGUGAUGCUGUUGAUUUACCGGAUGAAAAAGAAGGACGAGGGCAGCUAUACGCUGGAGGAGCCGAAGCAGGCAAGCGUCACGUACCAAAAACCAGACAAGCAGGAGGAAUUUUAUGCAUAAAUCCGAGCCUCGAGUGCCUCGCCGCCUCUUUCUGUCCUGAUGCUGUCCUUUUUACAAAACAAAGACAGCUGUCUUAUUAUCACCCAGCCUCUUUUUCUCUCUUUCUAAUCAAGUCUGUGAAUUUUAACAAAGAAAGGAUAGAAGAAAGUUUUUAAAAAGUAUCACAUGUUUUCUAAAAAGCGGGUGGUGGUGGGGGAGGGGGGGAAGGUGGAAUCUUUGUUCUGGUGCGGAGAGCCGUUUACAGGAGCACCAGGGCAUGGAGCAAACAGUGAGCCAUUUCAGUACCUUCUGGUGGGAUGAACACUUGAAUUAGCAGCUUUGCCAGGAAUGUCCUGGAUUCACACCUUCCUCAGGUCUAGAGCCUUUACUUUUUUUAAAAAAAAACAAUGAGGUGGACAGUUUUGGUUCCAGGCACUUUGUGAUGCUAUUCAAGGCAAGGGUUUUUGACUCCCAUUGGCUACACUGACUUCAAGAGCAAGGAUAUGCAACAUCUGAUCAUCCAGGCUACUCUCAACCACCACCCUUCUCCCCCCCCCCCAAGGCAAUCAGUUGUGCUGGGCUUUUGAAUUUACUUCAUUGGAGAUCUGGUGUGGUCUGCAGAGAGCAUCUUUUACGGCUGUGCAUUGUUUCCUUCCUGACACCCCCCCCUUCACCCUGUUAUUGUUCACAACUGCCAGACACUUUAAAGCUACCCCCCUCCCCCAGCAGGAUCGUCCUAGGCUUGCAGAGGUUUCCAGUUAAACCUUGUGCCCAGAUUCAUUCAGCUGGGUUUUUCACUGUGACCUUGAGAACUCAACUUGCACGCUCUUGUAAGCUCAGGCAGAUUACCGAGGAACACUUUUUCUAGGACGUUACUUGCGGGAAAAUGGAAUCCACAUGAAAAAAGGCGAGCUCUUUCCGAUGUCUGUAGGAAAUAGAUAACGUUUUACAUGUCUCAA